AUGCUCUUCACGCUUUCCCGUGAAUUUUCAACACAAUCUUUUAUGUUCUAUUUACUCUUUCAGAAAAUGGAGGGCAACGAGCCUGGACAGGUGAUUGGUCAAGUGUUUGCCAGCGAUGCGGAUGAGGGAAUCAACGCUGAACUUGACUAUUCAAUCAUAUGGCCCCCCGAGAAGGGCUCAAACCCAUUUCAGAUGGGCCCUAAAGGCGAAAUCAUCGCAAAGCGUUCACUCGAUAGAGAGAAAAAUCCGGAAGGAUAUCACUUUAUGGUUAGUUUGUGA